AUGAGCAAACUAAAACCUUCUCUCUUCAACUCCUUAAAACCACCGCCACCACCUCACCCUACGACCACCAAGUCAUUCAACGCUGUCAUCAACUGUCUCUCAUCCCAAGGCUCCCACCGUGAAGUUCUUCUCACUUACUCCUCUAUGCUCAGUACCAACACCCCUCCAGACGCUUUUACCCUCCCUAGUCUGCUCAAAGCCUGCACCUUUCUAGACCUAUUGUCGCAUGGCUUCUCGCUCCAUCAACGUGUCAUUGUUAAUGGGUAUUCUUCGGACGCUUAUAUUGCGUCUUCUUUGAUUAAUUUCUAUGCUAAAUUCGGAUUCACAAGCACUGCUCACAAAGUUUUUGACGUGAUGCCCGAAAGAAAUGUUGUUCCUUGGACUGCGGUCAUUGGAUGUUAUUCGCGCAUGGGUGAUGUUUGUACAGCGUUUUCGAUGUAUAAUGAGAUGCGGGGCCAAGGAAUUCAGCCCACUUCGGUUACAUUGUUAACCAUGCUCUCUGGAGCUCCUGAGCUUACCCAUUUGCAGUGUUUGCAUAGUUGUGCAAUUUUGUACGAUUUUGAGUCUGAUAUAUAG